AUGGGUCUUCAAGUCAUCUUUAUCAUCACUCCCACUCCACUUAAUCCAAUCAUUAUCCAAAACAAACCACCUCCAACUGAUCAUCAUCUUACCCACCACAAGUUCAAGUACAAACUCAAAAGACAUCGAACUGAUCAAUCUCCUACGCGAACUCAAUCCCCAACUAUUCCUAGAAAGAUGUGA